AUGGCUCUACUUGAAAACUUGACAGAAAGUCAUGUCUCAGUCACCAGAAGCGCUACCCUCGGCAGCGUGCUCCUUUUAUUCAUAUGGAUUGCCUGGAAAGUCACUGAGCGCGUGCGCUCCGCAAAGAAAUACAACUUGCCCAAUCUAAUUCCAGGUUUGCCGUUGGUUGGGAACGCCCAUCAAAUCCCGGCAAGCAAUGCGUGUCUGCAUUUUCAAGACCUGGCCAAGAGACAUGGCGAGAUGUUCACUAUCAACAUAGGAGGAACAUACUGGCUGUUCCUCAACUCGAGGCGCGUUGUCCACGAAUUACUCGAAAAGAGAGCAGCUAUAUACUCAUCUCGGAUGAACCUCCCCAUGGCUUACCGAGUCAUAUCAAACGAAAAGAGAACUCUUCUCAUGCCCUACGGCGAUCUUUGGCGCCGUGAGCGUAAGAUCAUGCACCAAAUCCUGGAUUCGACUCAGGCGAAUGUAUUUGGGCCAUUUCAAGACAUUGAAUCAAAAAUCUUGCUAUACAAUUACUUGAAGCAACCAGAAAGCUGGUUCAUUAGUCAUGGAGUCUUUUCGGGAUCCGUCAUCAUGAGUGUUGUUUUCGGACAACGGGCAGGCGCAGACAAUCGCCUGCAGGAACUACUGGCAGUAGCAGAGCAGUUUGUUCCUUACCUUGAACCCGGUCGUUCUUUUGUCGACAACUUCCCCUUCCUGUUGAACUUGCCUUUGCCCCAGAGCCUACAGCCGUGGCGAUGGUGGGGCGACAAGCUAUACCGUCGUACCAGAAGUCUUUAUGAGAAGGAGAUGAACGCCCUUCGUGAGCGAAUGAGAUCCGGCGUGCAAAAUAACUGUUUCAUGUCCCAGUUUUAUGAAUCUGGGAAAGGAGACGAAUUUGAAGAGGAUGAGUUACUCUUUAUAGCUGGAGCCUUGAUCGAGGCUGGCACAGACACCACUCGCGUUUCGUUGACACAAUGCGUCGCCGCGGCAAUACUGUGGCCAGACUGGGUUGAAAGAGUUCGUGAGCAAAUCGACAAGGUGUGCGGGGCUAAUGCAGAGAGACUGCCGACGGAACAGGACGCACCAGAUCUUCCAUUGGUCAAAGCGGUUGUGAAAGAGAGCGUUCGGUGGAAACCUUGCAUUGGGGAGACAGGUAUACCUCACGCGCUGAUUUGUGACGAUGUCUUCGAAGGGUACACAAUACCGGCUGGAACGGUCGUCACCUGGAAUCAUUGGGCUAAUUCGAACUCGCCGGAUGAGUAUACAGAGCCUGAGCGAUUCUGGCCAGAGCGUUUCUUGAAUGAGGAUAUUGAUAAACCUCUGAAAGGUCACCUCGGAUUUGGUGCCGGACGCAGAGCCUGUGUUGGAUACAAUGUCGCCAAUUCGAAUCUGUUCAUUGCCCUUGCGCGACUUUUGUAUUGCUUUGAGUUUUCCCAGCCUGAUGACGCCCCUCCCCUUGAUACGUCGAAACCGUUGCAUUCAGCGACUACGACUCCACCUUUCCCAGUUAGCAUCAAGAUUCGGAGUCAAGCUCAUCAAUACUUGAUAGAGAGAGAAUGCGACAGCAUAUCAUUCUGA